UUAAGCCCUCACACUUUAUGAUCAGUUGCAGACGGCAUUGAGAAAUUGCGAAAGCAAGAAUAUUUUCUGCGAGAGUUUAUAGUUCUCCACGCGUGUUUUUUUUCCUUUUCAUUCGAACUAGAAUUUCGUAAGCUUGGCCAGAAAAUGUCAUUGAGAAAGGCGAUGGCAACAGCUAAGGCUACAGCAGCUGCUGAAUCAAAAAAGAAAAAACCAAUAGUUAAAUCAAAAGCAAAGAUUAAGGAAGAAGUUACCAUUUCAUCUGAGGAAAGUGAUUUUGAUGAUGAGGAUGAUCCAGAUUGUGUUGAAGUCCCAGGUGGUGGAAGAGAUUUACAAACAAUAACAAAAAUUGGAAGCAAUGAGCCCAGUCUUGGUUUCCCAUCCCAAACUGUUUCUAUGAGUGAUGGGCUAAUACUUCCUAGCCCACCUACAUCAGUACUAAGAGCACCCAUUCCCCAGCAACCAGGUUACGAAGUCAUUCGUAUACCUCCUGGUUUUAGUCCUUUUGGAUUAGGAGGGGGAAUUAAGCAGCAAACACCAAAUGUUAUGCAACAGAAAAUUAAUCUUAUUCGAAGUGGUUUGCCUACCACUGGAGGUGCUGUGAGAGUAAAUGUACCUCUGUCAGCUGUUCAGUCUAUGCUGAAAACAAAUAGUUAUCAGAAUUUACAGGGGCCUACUGUAAGUAUUGCGGGAGUUGCGGGUCGUUUAGUGCAAAUGCAAAUGCAGCAAAGCGCCAACCAGCAGUUGCUCAACGCAGCAAUCAGAUCAGUAGCACCUGGUCAAAUUAGGACUCCACUGCAACUUCAGCAACUACAGCAUAUGCAGCAGCAGAUACCCCAGGCAAGACAAGAUGAGGCUGAAGAUGAAAAUGUUGAGGAAGAGGAAAACAUGGGAGUAGCAGAGACAUAUGCCGAUUAUAUGCCAACUAAAGUAAAAAUUGGGCGUAAACACCCAGAUCCUGUUGUUGAGACGGCUUCCUUGGCCAGCGUUGCCCCUCCUGAUGUUUGGUACAAACUUGCCAUUCCCGAAGAAUCCAUAGACAGUGGAUCGCUUUCUGCUCUACAGCUAGAAUCAAUCACAUAUUCCUGCCAACAACAUGAACAGACUCUUCCUGACGGUUCACGGGCUGGCUACCUCAUCGGGGAUGGUGCCGGUGUUGGUAAGGGUAGAACCGUCUCAGGAAUUAUCUACGAAAAUUACCUAAGAGGAAGGAAGAGAGCAAUAUGGGUGUCUGUUUCCAGCGACCUAAAGUACGACGCGGAGCGGGAUCUACGUGACAUUGGGGCCGGAAAGAUCUCUGUUUAUGCUUUGAACAAAAUGAAAUAUGCCAAAAUUUCUGCGGAUGUCAAUGGUGGUAUCAGGAAAGGUGUCAUUUUCUCAACCUAUUCCUCGCUUAUCGGAGAAUCGCAAUCCGGGGGAAAGUACAGGACGCGUCUUAAACAGCUGCUACAAUGGUGCGGUGAAGAUUUCGAUGGCGUCAUUGUCUUUGACGAAUGUCACAGGGCAAAAAAUCUUGUACCCACUGGUUCGACAAAACCAACAAAAACGGGCUUAACGGUACUGGAGCUGCAAAGCAAGUUACCAAAAGCUAGAGUCAUUUAUGCAUCCGCUACCGGUGCAUCAGAGCCUCGUAACAUGGCCUACAUGGUCCGACUCGGUCUGUGGGGUCAGGGCACUCCAUUCAAAGAAUUCACGGACUUCAUUGCUGCUGUUGAGAAACGUGGGGUGGGCGCAAUGGAAAUUGUGGCAAUGGAAAUGAAGCAUAGAGGGAUGUACAUUGCCCGUCAACUUUCGUUCAAAGACGUAACCUUUAAAGUCGACGAAGUUUCCCUUUCCCCCAAGUUCAUUAAAUCAUAUGAUGAUUCGGUUAAACUUUGGGUUCAACUGCUUCAAUCCUUCACCGAAGCAGCAGAACUUGUAAAUGCUGAUCCAAAAAUGCGUAAAACCAUGUGGGCUCAGUUUUGGUCUGCCCAUCAGAGGUUUUUCAAAUAUCUGUGUAUUGCUGCGAAGGUGAAACAUGCCGUCAAAGUGGCUAGUGAGGCUGUUAAAUGCGGGAAAUGUGUUGUUAUUGGUUUGCAAUCCACAGGAGAAGCGCGCACUCUCGAACAAAUUGAAAAUGAAGGUGAACUUUCAGAUUUCGUUUCUACUGCGAAAGGAGUUCUGCAAUCUCUAGUAGACAAGCACUUCCCAGCACCUGAUCGCUCAAGAGUCCUUCGGCUCUUGGGAUUAGAUAAAGGGGCUUCGCUGCUUGACCAGCUGGGGAUCGAUCCUGAAUCCUAUGGAAAUGGCAGUGGGACCAGUGGAAGUAAAAGAAAGGCUGCACGUCCAGUCGCUGAAAGAUCCAAAAAGAAAAUUCGCACUUCGGAUAGCGAGUCAAGUGAACAAGAACAAGAAUCGGAUUUAGAUGUGGACGACUCUUCGUCUGAACCUUCUGAUUCUGAGGAUCCUGAAGCCGACGAUUAUAACCCGUUCGGUGGAAGCGAUAAUGAAGACCCGUGGUGUAGAUCCGAAAAAAAUGGUCGCAGUAAAGUAAAAACUAAGUCAAAAAAGAAAGACAAGAAGGUGAAGGUGAAAGAAUCAAGAAAGAAAAAACCAGAUUCUUCUGAUGAAGAGGAAGAGGAAGUAAAAAUGCCUUUUAUUCCAAUCCCACGGCCAUCUUCUGUCCUGGAAAAAAAGGAAGACAUAUUUAAUCGGCCACCGCCUAAAGAAGCCCUUGACAUGGCUUCGUCUAUUAAAGAUAGACUUCUGGUGCAAAUUGAACAGCUGGGAGCAAAUCUUCCACCGAAUACGCUUGAUCAGCUGAUUGACGAACUAGGAGGCCCUGAAAAUGUGGCUGAAAUGACGGGGCGAAAGGGACGUGUCGUCCAAAAUGACGACGGGCAGGUACAAUAUGAGUCCCGGUCCGAAGUCGAUGUCCCAUUAGAAAUUCUCAAUAUUCGAGAGAAAGAACGCUUUAUGGCUGGAGAGAAGGACGUGGCUAUUAUUUCCGAAGCUGCCAGCAGUGGAAUUUCUCUUCAAGCUGAUCGACGAGUAAAAAAUCAGCGUCGCCGCGUUCAUAUUACUCUAGAGUUGCCAUGGAGCGCUGAUCGUGCUGUUCAGCAAUUUGGUCGUACUCACAGGAGUAAUCAAGUCAGUGCGCCAGAAUAUAUUUUUCUGAUCUCCAAUUUAGCUGGAGAACGGCGAUUUGCCUCUAUUGUAGCUAAGCGUCUUGAAAGCCUUGGAGCCCUUACCCAUGGUGAUCGACGUGCCACGGAAUCACGUGAUCUCAGUCAAUUUAACAUUGAUACGAAAUACGGUAGGGCAGCCCUUGAAGCCAUUAUGAAAGCUGUCAUGGGCUAUGAAGUACCCGUUGUACCACCACCAGCCGAUUACAAAGGAGAAUUUUUCAAAGAUGUUGCUGGAGCAUUAGUUGGGGUUGGUUUGAUUUGUAACAGCGAUACGAAUCCUGGGGUGCUGGCGCUCGAUAAAGAUUACGCAAAUAUUUCCAAAUUCCUAAAUCGAAUACUGGGUAUGCCAGUUGAUCUACAAAACAGGCUCUUCCAGUAUUUCACGGAUACGCUGGCAGCUAUAGUCAUCCAGGCAAAGAAAUCUGGUCGCUUUGACCUGGGUAUUUUGGAUUUGGGCUCGGGUCAGGACGAUGUUCGGCGCACAAAACUUUACACAUUUACCACCCGCCAUCCUACGGGAACGGCGAAAAUUGAACUACACACUUUUGAAGUUGAACGUGGAAUGACGUGGGAAGAGGCUAAAGACAAAACUAGUGUUCUCUUCGGCGAACACGAGGGAUUCUAUGUGUCGAAAGAGAGUCGCUACCUGAAGCAAACUCCAUCCUUAGUCGUGCAGAGUGGCACUGCGGCACGCCGUGGACUUGAUAAAGGAGAGUCUCUGUACACGAUCUCGCGGCCCAACACGGGUUUGCAACUCCGACAGGAAUCCCUAGGAGAAAUUAAAAAGAAAUACAGAAAGAUUGAAGCGGACGAGGCCGAGCCGUUAUGGAUUGAUUUGUUUACCUCGUCAAAAACCAACUGCAUGCACAUCCAUUGGUUUGGAAAGUGUCGUCAAAAAACUUUGGGAGUUGAUUGUCAAUUUGGUCUUCGGCAGCGGACUUACAAUGUGUUGUCGGGCUCGGUGUUGUCUGUCUGGACAAAAGUCGAGGCAGUUUUGAGUGCAAAUUUUGGAGGGAAAAUGCAGGUGGUACGGUUGCGAAGUGGAGGAAUUAGGAUCGUCGGUACUGUUGUCCCAAGCAGCUGUAUGCCACAGAUAAUAAAAUUGCUGACGGAGGAGUCUGAGAACUUCAGCGAGGAAGUGUUCUAGUGAUUAAGUUUCCCCCGGUUUUGCCAAGUUACCCUUGGUUGGCGCGAAUCCAUUUCACCGAGACCAAUCGUUAUUUACUUCGGCAAUACAAAGUUUUAAGUACCUGCCGAA